UGGUCGUAAAGGCAUUUCCUAAAUUUAAGACGCUGUCAAAAAAUAUUUCAGGCUGAUUUAUGUGUAUAAUCGCACGGUCGUCGUCUGUUUGAUGAUGGUCAUCCUUUAAAGCGCACAGAGUUCACCGCUGAUACCUGCUGAAGUGAGUUACGGGUGACAGUCGCGUGUCUGAUCACCUGUAAACAGGAAUUUCUCUUCAGUUUAGGAUGAAAACGGGCUGGAGCACGCGCCCUGCUCCAGGUGAAACAUUCAAAUCUCCUUUAAACCAGGAAACAGUUUUGGACUGAAGAGAAAGUUUAAAUCAGCCGACUCUGCUUUGAGCUCCAGCUCUGUUUACUUUUUCAAAAAAGAUGAGUUUAUUGCUUUUGCUGCUCUUCUGUCACGUGUCAUCUGCAGUGAAACACUCCUUGAGGUCUUACUUCACGGCAUCCUCAGGGGUCCGAAACCUCCCAGAGGUUGUGGCCGUUGCGCUGGUGAAUGAUGUUCAGACCGGUUACUGUGACAGCAAACUCAAGACAGCAAUACCCACACAGGCCUGGAUGGAAAAACUGAUAGACGGGGAUCCGCAGUACUGGAGGUCGUACACAGAGUCGUGUACCAUGUACCAGCAAGCCUUUAAAGAAGAAUUUAACCUGUUGAAGAAGCGCUUAAACAAAACUGGAGGUGUCCACAUUCUUCAGAAGAUGCACGGUUGUGAUUGGGAUGAUGAGACUGGAGAGGUUCACGGAUAUCAGCAGUACGGUUACAAUGGAGAUGACUUUCUAACGUUUGACUCUAAUACAGACACGUGGAUCGCUUCAAAACCACAAGCUGUCAUCACCAAACAUUUCUGGGACAGGCAAAGAGAUAAAAAUAAGUUUUGGAAAGACUUCUUCACCCAGACUUUUCCUGACUGGCUGAGGAAGCACCUGAACUAUGGGAAGAGCUUUCUGCUGAGAACAGACCUCCCCUCAGUGUCUCUCCUCCAGAAGUCUCCGUCCUCUGCAGUCAGCUGCCACGCUACAGGUUUCUACCCCGACAGAGCCAUGAUGUUCUGGAGGAAAGACGGAGAGGAGAUUCACGAGGACGUGGAUGUCGGAGAGAUCCGCCCCAACCACGAUGGAUCCUUCCAGAUGAGCGUCGACCUGAACGUUUCAUCAGUCGCACCUGAAGCCUGGAGCAGGUACGAGUGUGUGUUUCAUCUUACUGGUGUGAAGGACGACAUCAUCACCAAACUGGACAAAGCAGCGAUCAGGACUAACUGGGUUUCUCCCUCAGAGUUUCCUGCCGUUGCUGUUGUUGGAGUCGUUGUCGGGCUGCUGCUGCUGACGCUCGGCAUCGCUGGACUCUUCAUCUGGAGAAGGAACAAUCAAGGAUUCAGACCUGCAAAUAGAUAAAUCGAAGUCGUCAGGUGUGUUUCCGUUGACGCACCAAUAAAGUUUAUUGAAGUGACAGUCAGAGCUGACAGAGGCGUCACUGAGGAGGAAAAUCCUUCAGGAGCAACAACAUCUGGAGAGAAGUGAUGCUGCUGUCCAGCUGUUUCUGCAGACGUUUUUUUUGUCACACUUAUUAGUCUGGGCCUUAUUUGGUUCAUAUUAUUAGACACUAGGAAAUCAUCUGUUGUGGGUGUUAAUCACUAAGAAGUCAAGCACUUUAGUUGUCACAUCAUAAGACGUGUCCACUCUUGAAAAAAAAUAAUGAAGACCUUAAACACCAGCUGUACACUCCUGUCGCUCCAUUGCGUCACAUAUACAUAUAUAUACACACACACACACACACACACACACACACACACAUAUAUCACUCAGCGGGUUUCCA